AUGGACUCAAAUAACUGCGCUAAUGAACAGACACUUGGAGACGGAGAGAUUGGCUGCUGUGGAUACAUAUUGAUGUUCUUUUCCACUAUUCUGUUUCUCGCCACCUUGCCUUUCUCUUUGUGUGCUGCAAUACAUAUAGUACCUGAUUAUGAGCGAGGUGUGGUAUUCCGCCUUGGUAGAGCAAAACGUGAUGGAGCGAGGGGUCCAGGUAUUGUAUUCAUCCUACCAUGCGCAGAUCAGUUUCAUUCGGUAGACUUAAGAAUCAAAUCUUACGAUAUACCACCACAAGAGAUUUUGUCCAAGGAUUCGGUGACUGUUGCAGUGGAUGCUGUGAUCUACUGUUAUGUGUUUGACCCGGUCAUGUCUGUGUGUAAUAUACAGGACGCAUUCGGAUCCACUCGCCUUCUAGCAGCCACAACACUGCGAACCGUCCUUGGAACGAAAAAUAUGACCGAAAUGCUGGCAGACAGGGACACCAUCUCGAAGGAAAUGCAGCAAAUUCUAGACGAGUCAACAGAUCCGUGGGGCAUUAAAGUGGAGAGAGUAGAAAUAAAAGAUGUCAGGUUACCGCAUCAAUUACAGAGAGCUAUGGCAGCAGAGGCAGAGGCAUCUCGAGAAGCCAGCGCAAAGGUUCUAGCAGCCAAAGGUGAACAGAGAGCAUCUGCUGCACUGAAAGAAGCCGCUAUGGUGAUGUCUGAUUGUCCAGCUGCCCUUCAGCUUCGCUAUUUGCAAACACUUAAUUCGAUCGCUGCCGAGAAGAAUUCGACUAUAAUAUUUCCCCUACCAAUGGAGAUAAUGAAAGGCUUAUCAAACCAUUAG